AUGUUAACAUCGACAAGGUCAGCUGUCUUCAGUACUGCCAUAUUCAGUGGCUCAGGCACCCUGCUCUGCAUUGCUAUUUUCUGGCUUCAGAAGUUCGAAAACGGCUUCCGAACUUCACCUUCGAGUCUCUCAACCGCCCUCUUUACCAACAUGAUCUUGCCAGUCGACUUGCAAUCAGCUCAGAUUCACAAUAAUGAUGAGGCCCCUGCAACCUCUGCCGAAACUUCUGAACCAGCACGCUAUCAAGUCUUUCACAUUGAACAUUCCCCUGGCUCUCAUAAACUCUUUAUCCCAACCAACCCCCCUCGACCAUUAGGCUAUGUCUACCAUGUAACACACAUGCCGUUCACAGAGAAUCCACAGCCAACGUUGCCUCUUGUAUGCGAUAUCCUCAGUUCUCCACACAACAUAGGCGACGUUCACGAUACUCAGUUCGUUGGCUCAAUCGCAUCGCAGGAGCUGGAUCAUGCACGUGCUAUGAUCAAGGAUUAUCCAAGGCCAUUCAAUCCUGAAGUGUCUACUCCCCAUGCAGGUGAAUCAAGUGGCUGUGAGCUAUGGGUUCGCGCUGUCAUCAAUAUGCUUCUCGAGGAUGGCAUUCUCGAGCCACCUCCGCCUGAGCCCACCAAUCGUGGUCACCGACUACCCAGGCACCACCACACCGCUCACUGUAUUCACCAGCGACUUCACUCCCAUCAUCCCUACCGGCGACGAAACCGUCAGUCAGUGAGGCGGAAUCCUUGA